AUGGCGAGAAUACUACUGGCAGCGUUAUUGGCUUUCGGGGGGAGUGCAAUAGCUUUCAAAAACACCGUCCCUCUGGUUGCCUGGUCCACAGAACCGUCCUGUCAACUGAGCGAUCUGCAGACAGAGUCUGCGGUGACAGAUUGGAACAAGGCACUCCAGAUUCUCUCUGCCAGCGAUAUCUGCUCGCACGAAGGAAUUAUCUUGAUCCAGCAAAGAGGGCUGCAUGCUUCCGACCUCUCCCUUCUCCCGUCCUCAUCCCAACUGUCAAGGAGAGUGCGCUCCUCUACCUCACUCUUCCAAGCGCCUCGUCUCAAGCUCUCUGCUGACCUCUCAUUCGAUGCCCUGGUCGCCAAUAUCACCCAGAAGUGCGGCCAUGUCUUGGUGGAUGAGUGGGACAGCUUGCACUUGGGGAGCCUGAGACCGGACACAAAGUAUUUGUUUAAGAUGGAACUGCCGACAAUCAGGGGUGCCUCCGCUGAUCGGAGAACAAAGAUGCAGGAAUGUGAGUCUCUGUUGUCCGAUCGGCUAGAGUCACUCGCCUCCCUCUUCCCCGCUCGUCUCGUGCUCCUUGCUGGAGGCCCUGCCCCCCCUCUAUCCUUUAGCAGGCGUGAUGUUGAGGACGUCAACACUCAUCCUCCGGCUCCCUUCUACGACACAAUGCAGAUUCCGUCUAAUCAGCCACAAGGCGCUUCUUUCCUGAGCCAAUACCAAAUCCUAACCCCCGGCCUGGUAUCCGCGCUUCUGGUCGCAUUCGUCAUUUUUCUCCCUCUCGUGAUGGUGGGAGUUGGUGCCGUGGCCAGUAUUCAGAGCCCGAUGCGAAUGGAGGGGCCGAAGGGCGUGAGUCAGGAAAAGAAGCACCAAUAA